UAGCAGGGGAAAGAUGGUAAUGAAGCUUCAAGAUGGCGCGGAGGUAAACACGGCUGGCGAGUGACUCCCCCAGAAGCAUAGUCGGUGGCUGAGGGGCAGCGCCGCAGGCAGCCGCCGCGGAGGAUCUUCCGCGGGGGAAGCGAUCGUCAGCUCCUGGCCGCGGGGCGGCACCUGGCGGAGGAGAGAUUCAGGAGACUCGAAGAUGUGGAGCGGGCUGUUACCCCCUGAUAUGAAUGAAAGUGAUGUUGACUCGAGUGCUGAUGAGGGAGACCCAGCGGAUGGUCCUGUAUCUUGUUCCAAGGAAGAUAAAGUCGAGAAUGUCAAAGGAGUUCAGGUUGUUGAAUUUCAGACAAAUAGACAUGAGAGAAUCACUGAAAGUAAAUCUGCUCCUAUGGUAGUGGCAGAUGGAGAAAACAAAUGUCAAGAAUGCCCUUCAGGAGUUUCUUUAAAAAUGUGGAAUAAAUUUCAAGAGCUGCAGAAGAAAAGCUUUGAAAUGAAAGUCCAAACAAAUCAGGGAAAUAGGGGACAAAAGAGAAAACGUUACAGAAAAGAAAGACUGAAAAAGAACAAAAAAGAAGCAAUUGAGAGUCCGCAAUCUACAAAUGAAAGUCAAUGGACGGAACUCACACAAUACUUUGGAAUCAAUGAUAGAUUUGAAUCACUUGCGAGCAACAGGGGUGCCCAAAAGUCUGGCCUUGAAGUCAGCAUAGACAAGUCUUUGGCUGAAGGGGAUAUUGAGAGAGCUGAGGAACUGAGUAAUAGAUUAGCCACUCGUGAGCUCGGCGUGAAAAUUGCUAAAGCUGUUGCUUGCCGCAACUUUGUAAAAGCCAAACAAGAUAUGGAGGCUUCCCAAGAAGCUCGAAAGAAAAAGAAGCUUGCCUGGGGAUUUGAAGCUAAGAAAAGAUGGGAAACAAAAAGCAACAUGGGAUACAUGUAGCUCUGUCUUGAUGUCAUCUGAAAGCAAAGGCGUUUAAAAUGGAAAUAUUGGUGGUUUAAUACAGGAUGUGCUGCCUUUUUAUGCUUGCAUAACUAAAUCUGAACAACUAAGCAAGGUUGAUAUUUUUAAAAACUACUAAGCAAAAACUGUUUUUCUCAUAAUACUGUUAGACUUCAAUAUCUUGUUUCCAAUUCCUUUUAAAAUUGUAAUGGGGAAAUUAGAUAUUUUAUUUAUUUUAAUGCAACAGAAAUUUAACAUUCCCCUCAUAUUCUCCAAAUAGAUAAAAUUCUGUAUAACAAAUCUUAGGUCCAAAGCAUUUUUGAGCCUGGUCAAGAAUCCCAUAAAUCUAGACCCAAAUAUUAGUGCAACAAAGUUCUGUUAGGUGAUCAUGAUAAAAUAUAAUGCCUGUGAUCCAUUGGAGUGGGUAAAUGACAGGUUCUGCCUUUUAAAAAAUAUCUUAUCAGUUAUAUAUCUGAUUUACUAAAUAGUACAAAUCUUAUCACUAUUUUUUUGAGGUUGCUUUUUGAAAAAUUUUGUUGACUACACGAUUAAACAAUAAGGGUUAGCACUGGAAGCACACAAUCCCGGCUUGCACCAGGUCCAGGAGCUACCCUCGCUGCAGCUCUGAAUUGAAAGAAUUAGGAGCCAGGCAAGCAGCCCAGCUCACACAAGGUCCCGGGACUUGUCCUGCAGCACAAGCCAGGACUGACCAGGCAGUCUGCCCACCCAGCUCCUAAAAUACUUGCAUUGCAGAGCCACAGCGGGGGUACCUUCCGGACCUGGCACCAGCUGGGACUGAGCCAGGCUGCUGAUCAGCCCUUUAAAAAAUUUACUUGCAAGGGAGGGGGAAAUGCAUGUAAUGAAUAGCAUUAACCAAUAAGCUUUUGCGUAUCAGUUAAUGGUUUAAUCAACUACACUCUUACAUCCCUGCAUAAAAUGCCUGCAGAAUACCAGAAUAUUGACUUUUGUGACCCUACCCAAUGCUGCUGCUAUUUAGCUUAUAUUAAAUGUGAAAACAUCUUAGUUUGGAGAAUAGCUUAAUUUAAAAUUAUCUUAAUAUUAUUUGUUUGUGUCUAGAUCAGUGGUAGGCAACCUGUGUGUCACAGGCCGCUCAUGGCUCAUCAGGGUAAGACUGGUGGGCUGCUAGAUAGGUUGUUUCUUGUAUCCGUAGGUAUGUCAGUCUGCUGCUCCCAUUGGCCUUGGUUUGCUGUUUCCAGCCAAUGGGUGCUGUGAGAAGCUGUCAUCAGUAAGUCCCUGUGGCCUGCACCACUUUCUGCAACUCCCAUUGGCAGAUGCAGGGUCAAGAACUUGUCUGGUGGCCCACCAGCUACAUACCCUGAGGAGGCCACAAGUUGCCCACCAUUGUGCUAGAUGAAUUGCAAUAGAAAACUGUAGCUUAAGUCCAGAAAGCGCAAUGAUUUAUUGGGUGGCUCUGGUAUGCUCUUUGUCUUGUAGCUAUCAAAUUAAAGACCCUUUUAGUUUAUCCUUCCCCAGUUCUUUCACAUAGGUUCAAGUUUUUAAAUCUCUAUCUUUUCAAUGGGAUAAAAUGUGGAAAUGUGAAUUUUGAAAACAUCUAAAAUAUGUUAUGUUCUGGAGUUGAUCAGUUAUAUUGGAAUACCAAAUGCAAAUUUUAUUCAGUGCCAGAUGUUUCAAAAAAGAAUUAUGCUUUGAAUGCUUAUGUUAUAAGUAACAAGAAUUUUUAAUAAUGUUUUCUCAAUCAUUCACAGUGAAAAGUAAGGACACAUUCAAAACUAAUAAUAAUUUUUCCCUGAAGCUUUUGCAUAUGUGUUUAGUCACCAAAAUGCCUGAAAUGAAUAGGGAAUGUAAUCAUCAGUUGCUGUUAAACAAGAUUAAUAUGUGUCAGGCCAAAGGUUUGGCAUUAACACAUAAUGAUGAUUUACUAUUUAAGUACUUCAGGCUAAAGCAACUUGCCAAAGAAUAGUAAUUUGAAGGUUUACAGCACCAGUUCUAAGACCUGAGGUUUGUAGUCUAACAUGGAAUAGGGCAUUGUUUGGUAGCCCUCAGGAUGUUGGAUAUAUCUUUUUUUUUCCUCCCCAACAGAACAUUGUACUUUCAUAAAGAUGAGAGUUUGCAAUAUGGUAAUGUAGAGAUACCUGUAAUUAGUUAUGAUGACAGUUAAAUACAACUGCCAAGAAUAUAAGUCUGUGGCUAAACCGGUUUCUGCAACAGAACAUCAUAAAAUUCAAACUCUUUGAGAAGAGUCAUGGCAUGAGGAAAGGAAGCAAUUGAUAUGUAGUCCUCCUAUUGUUUACCUUAUAUAUGCAUUAAAUUUACAAAUA